AGAGUAUCUUUUUGAAAUAGGCAAUAAGAAAGAAAGAAAGAAAGAAAGAAAAGAAUGUCAACGCUAGCCAAGCUCACCUUCGGGACAUGUUGUCUAGUAUCUUUCAGUAUAAUAGGCUAUGUACAUUAUAAACAACAAUAUGACAGAGAACAACUUCAUGAGGGUGUAUUGCGAGAUAUCGAACGACAACAGCGCCGAAAAAUAGAAAAUAUCUAUAAUCUUCAACAACAAAUUGAUUUGACUAAAAAGUUGCGGAAACACGAAGACAAUUCUUAAUUUAGGCUUCUUCUCAAACAUUAUUAUUUAUGUUUUUAAUUGAAAUAAAAAGGUGUACAAAAAGGUGUAUUUUCGUGAACGUGCAUUUCCAUUCACCUCGUCUCGUUUUCAUUUCCGAUGUUAUUUCUAACUUUACGUUUACUUUAUCGAAUGAACCAUUUGAAUAAUAAUCACUAACAACAUGGCGACGGAUGAACAUACGGACCAAACAGAUCUGACGUGUGUAGAAGAAAGUCUUAUGAGCUUAGAAAAAUUAGAUCGAGCAUCACCAGAUUUAUGGCCAGAGCAAACGACCGAUGAAGUUCCAGGUGUCAACGAGUUUGUAGCUCAAAAUUCACCGCAAUUGGAGCCAGCCACUUGGGCAUCCGGAUUAACGGCAGAUGACCUAAAUCAGUUGCAUCAAUUGGGAAAUUUAUCCAUGACAGGACUCAUAUCGGAAGUCAAAAAAUUACACGAUUUGGCCUAUCAACUUGGCAUGGAAGAGGCUAAAGAAAUGACCCGUGGCAAAUAUUUAAAUAUAUUUAAACAUAAAUGAUAAUAGAAGCAGCCCUCGAGAUAUGAAUGGAAACGAACGAAUGUAAUAUAUGUAUGUAUUUCAAUUAGAUUUUAAGGCAAAUCAAGUUGUAAGUAUUCUUGUAUAAAGCGUUUAAAGAUUUUCUAAAAGCCA